AUGUUUAAUUCCGAAGGAACAACACAAAGAUCGGACGAUGAGGCUCCUGAAGUGGUCUCCAAUUCAACUAGUAAAAUUAAAGCAUUGGAAAUUAAAGAGAAAGAACGUGUAGUGAAACAAAAGUUACUGGAAAUUAAAAAACGAAAACGUCGUGAAAUUGAUGCUAAAUUAAAAGAACAAAAAAGUCGUAAAAUAGCCAAACUUUCGGCUGUCCCUAACUCUAAUAAAAAAGUGGAUAAUAUUAUGAAAAAAAUAAAAGAGGAAGGAUUACCGAAAUUCUUGCCAACAGAAUUAUUAGAAGAUUUCGUAAAUGAAGAUGAUAAGACGAAAAGAAGAAAACAAAGUGAACAUACACAAAUUAGGUUAGAAAUGAGCAAAGUGAAACCACGAAUUAAAAAAAGGAAAAAGAAGCAACAUAAUACUGGUCCUUUCACCGUUGUUGCUUUACAAGAUCCUGACCUUGAUAGACCGAUUCCAACUCCAAAAGAAAUCAUGGAAUUUAAAGAUGAUCACUUUUAUGGAGAAAGAUUACCCAGGAAAAAUGCUAUAUUGAACGCGAGUCAGGGAAUAAAAGGUGCAGCCAUUAGGUUUUGUCGAAAAUAAUCAUUUAUUUCAACCAAUUUUUUGGAAUAUUUAUUUCACUAUCCGCUUUAUUAAAAUGUGAGAACUCGCAUGCUUCCCUAUGUACAUUAUUAUUAUUAUUAUUAUUAAGCAGAGAAUAUAAUACAGUACAUCAGAAUCCAGCAA